ACAAACACACUCAAUUCUCAUUUCAUUGCCUUUUUGUCUCUCUCAAAAUCUCUGAACUCUGCUCUUCCGGAGAGAGAGAUCAACACAACAAAAAGCCACAUUGAUUGAUUCACUCUUUGAUGCUUACUUGUUAUUGUUUAUCAUCUAUGUUAAAGUUAAAAAGUCUUUCAACUCACACGCUGGUGGUAUUGCUAUUGUUAAUAUAACUUAAUAUCAUUCUAGAAAGAAAGUAAAUACAAAUGGACAAGGCUCGAAACGUGAGGCGUGGAGCCAGUGGGCUCUCAAACACCAACAAGCGACGACACAAACUCUUCGGCGUUUUCACUGCUGCUAUUCGUGGGGACCUUCAAUUAUCAGAGAAAUCGAAGAAGGAAAAAGUGAGAAGCUUGAGUUCUGUGGGUAGAGCAUUAACAAGCUCCCAACACUUCGAAAUGGGUUGCCACGUAUCUGAAAAACAAGCACUUGACCCUUCUUCCACUAUCAUUGCCUCCAACAAGAGAUUUCAGAUUCCCAAGAAUAAUUUUUUGAAUGAUUGCAAUGGAGUUCAUCAUGCCUCUGUUCCAAGGAAGCUACGUUCAGCCAUGAAGAAGCGCAGUCGUGAAUCCAUCUUGCUUGAUUCAGAAAAGGUGAACCAUAAGAUGAAUGGAAUAGAAUCUCCCGAAAAGGGUAGUGUAAAGAAGUCCAAAGUGAGUAUUAAACAAGGAAUUGGUGCAGACUGGUCCCCAAGAGAAGGUGUCUCUGGGCCCAUCACAAAAGAUGAGGAAGAAGUUGUGGAGACUCUGUAUGCUUUGGCUGGAAUGUUCCCUAACAAAGGGUCCAAUCAUAAUAGUAGGGAACUACAUGGCGAAUCUUUACAAGAGAACUCUUCAGUUUUGCAGUACUUAGAGGAGAAUCCUAAUGCUGCUCUUGAAGCUUCAGCACCUACUCAGGAUGUAAGUCCUUGUCCUGAAAGAUCACCUAGAGAAGCUUCAAAAAUAAGUUCUUCAAAUGAAACUGCUGGUCAAGAACAGCCUGAUUUGUCUGAGAGGGCAACGUUCUCGAUGGCAUCUCAUAGCACUACUCCAACGAUACAUCUUCAGACCAUGCCUAUGAUGGUUAAGUGUGAAAAUAGCAACAAAGUUGCAUUGCAUGAGUUUGAGUUGUGUCUAGCAAUGGGACAAUCACGGAUUUCACAAAUUGAGAGUAAACCAGAUGUGGAGUUUGAGGCGGCCAGAGACGUUGAUUGUAUGCAAGAACAGAAAAUAAUCAAGAAACAAAAGGAAAAUGAAGUUCUUGCAUUGUGGCCAGGCUUGUCUCCAGUGGCAUCUGCUGGCCAGGCUUUUUUGCAGUCUUCUUCUGCUAAAGCUCCUGAUUGGAUGGAAGCUGCUAUCUGUGCCUCCAAACAGGAUUUGAUGAAAAGUUGUUCUUCUAGUGGAAAGAGUCGUAAAAGAUCAUGGAAGAGGUGUGCAGCUCAUGUUCACAUCAGUCAUAUCAUCCGGAGUUUAGAGGUUCCAAAAAGGCACGUUAUCAAAGAACCUGAGCUUUAUGAAUGUCAUCAAAUGAAUGAAGGAACAAACUGUGGAGUUCUUUUGGAAGUACACAACUUGAACGGAAUGAGAAAUGGAGUUAUUUCUGCUACUGUGAGGGAUCCCCAUGAAAGUAAGAAUGGUAUUCUUCAGCAGCAAUGCCAUUAUCGUGACAUAUCACAGGCUGCUCCAAUACAUGGGGGAUAUGGCCCUCAAAAGCAAGGUUUCAACUUCUUGUCCUUGACAGCUGAAAGUAAUGGGUUAAAGGUUGAUAAUAGUUAUAAUAAAAUUGGAACUAGGUUGGAACAAUGGUCGAAAUUGCAUGUGCCUUAUCUUCAGUCAUUAGCACAGCAGCAUGAGCUCGUGCCAGUUCCCAUGCCUCAGAGUCAGUAUUCCUCGACUUCUUACCUUGAUCAGCUUUCUGUUCCAGGACCACAGGCUCGGUUGCAGCAACCUAAUUAUUAUGGUAGCCCGUUAUGUGGAACUCAUUAUAACUCAACGGUCUCAAACAAACAACAAUUCCAAAGCUUUUCGGGGGUGCUUCAAGCAUGUCAAGGUGCUGUAAAUUGCAAAAUUAUGAGGAGCCAAUAUCCUGAUUGGCAAAGUGGAAGGCAUGACUCUUUUGCAGUGAGUCCGUGCGCCCAAGCUAUCCUUCCCCGUUCCCUUGCAUCGCAAGAGAUAUUUGGAUCCAUGAUAACUUCAAUCUCUGGGCAACAGCAACAGCAACAGCAACAGCUCAUUAACCCCGUCAAGUACAAAUGGGCUAGACCUUCAUCUCCCUUCUGUAUGUGAAGAAAUUUGAGACAGGCUCCCCAGUACUGGUGGUACAACAUCGAUGCAAGUGCAAUCUGAAUGUAAUUCAUUGUUUUAUUUCUACAUGCCCAGGUUCUGGUGCUAUUACACCUGUCACGUUCAUUAACUUGCAUAUAUUGGAAGUGGCACAAAACUUGCGAGCUGAUCUAGUGGAUUUAAUUAGUGGAAACGCGAGGAAACACAAAUGUUGAUACCUUGCAGUAAGAUCUGAAAGGAUCACACUCAAAUCUUCUCAUUUACCUGGACACCUAAAGCUCGUCUAACUGACAAUAAAACAUAUACAACGAUUGUUCACGGGUAGUUCUUCUGUACCA